AUGGCCUUUUUUCCAUUACUUCGACCCGCAGUUCGGUCAACUGCCCACGCCCUCAGACCUAUCUUUGCUUCACAAUUUCAGAGUCGAUUAUUAUCUACCGAAAUAAGAACUGCAAUAGACAAAGCUGUUGCAUCAGCACCUGUUGUUCUCUUCAUGAAAGGGACUCCAGAGACGCCACAAUGUGGAUUUUCUAGAGCCAGCAUCCAAAUACUGGGACUACAAGGGGUAGAUCCUACUAAAUUCACGGCAUUCAAUGUACUUGAGGACCCCGAGCUAAGGCAAGGGAUUAAGGAAUAUUCGGACUGGCCAACGAUCCCACAACUCUACCUUGACAAAGAAUUCAUUGGCGGAUGCGAUAUUCUUAUGUCCAUGCACCAAAAUGGAGAGCUAGCGAAGUUAUUGGAGACUAAGGGAGUCUUGGUUUCUCGAGAGUCAGAAACUGAGAAAUAG